AAUUGUGGAUCAAGACGAGCAUCACUUGGUUGCAAUCUCUUUUAAAGACGAGUUAAUGUUUUUUUGUUAUUAAACUCAUGAUCAUAAUUAAAUAACUCUGAUCAUAAUUUUAUAAACGACAUAAAUUAAAUAUGAUAAAUGGUGAAUAAGCAUUUUCCCCAUUGAUAUUCGCCUCAUGCUCCGUGGCGGGUAGACAUAUGGUAGUCUCUUCACCUUGGCUUCCAAUUGCUGAUUACAUGAUCAUGUCUUUGAGGACUUUCAUCAAACACCUUCCACGCACCUCUCUUAUUGGAACCUUCUCAUGCCUUCACUCUCUCUCUGCUUACUCUCUACACCCACAGCAUCAACAAGAUCCUUAUGCAUUGAUGAAUGAAGACCCAAUUCAAAUAUGCUCGCAAAUCUGGGUUAAAUCCUUCUCAACUCCAAAAUCAAUCCCUUUCUCUAAUCUCACUGGUUUCGUUUCCAAAUUUGACAUCUGGGUUUUAGCUUACCAACGUUCUGUUGCCCAUUUUACUGGCUCUUUCCCUUCUCGUAACGCCAUUCACUCUCAGGUAUUGGAUGAUCUUCUUGCUCUUCGUAAUGCUGUAGUAAAAGGUCAAUUUAAAUGGGACAUGAAAACUGAUUUGUAUAUUCGUAGUCCUACUGAAAAACCCAUCAAUGAAUUUACCUCUAAGAAUAGAUUGAAGAAGAUUUUGAAUUCCAAUAAGCCACCUUUUCAAAACCAUGUUGUUCAAGAGGUGUUACUGUUGAUUCUUGAACCCAUUUUUGAGUCUAGAUUUUCUUCAAAGUCUCAUGCUUUUCGCCUUGGUAGAGAUGCUCAUACUGUUAUUAGGACAAUUAGAAGUAAUUUUUCUGGAUAUCUUUGGUAUUUAAGAGGUGAUUUGAGUGAGAUAUUGGUGAAUGUUGAUAAGGGUUUAGUGAUGUAUUGUUUAGAGAAGGUUGUGAAGGAUAAAAGAGUGUUGAAUUUGAUUAAUUCUGCCUUAAGGGAAUCUGGGAAUACUUGUUUGGAGUCUGAUGAUGCUAGGAUGUUAAAGAAAGGGAGGGGGACAAAAAAGAGGAAAAAAGGAGAAGAAAGAAGGAAGGUUCUGAAUCCAAAUGAGCCGAAACCAGAUCCUUAUUGGCUUCGAACUUUCUUUGAUUUUGCGCCUGAGGAGGCGGCAAAGGUGCCAGAUUAUGGGCAUUGUGGAAUUCUUAGCCCAUUGCUUGCUAAUGUUUGUUUAAAUGAAUUGGAUCAUAUGAUGGAAGAGAAAAUAGUCGAGUUUUUUAGGCCAUCCAUGCUUGACUCGAUAUGGAAGGAUUCGACUGCUGAUAGUUGUCAUAACCCUGCUUGGCCGGAGUUUGUUCCAUCUGGUGGGAAGGAGAAGACAAGAAAAAUGGAUUACAUUCGUUAUGGUGGUUAUUUUUUGAUAGGCAUACGAGGAUCCCGAGAGGAUGCAGUUAAGAUUAGAGAGGAGUUGAUUGAAUUUUGCAAUACAAAACUAGGAAUUAAAGUAGACUACUCGAACGUGGAUAUUGAGCAUGUAAGCAGGGGAAUUUUGUUUCUAGACCAUGUCAUUGGUCAUCGUGUAGUUUACCCGACAUUGCAUUACACAGCUACAGGUGGUAAAACAAUUAGUAAAAAGUGUGUUGGAACUUUACUUUCAGUUACAGCCAGCUUACCUCAAUGUAUUCGCCGAUUUAGACACCUUGAACUGCUGAAGGGUGAUAAAGAUCCAGAGCCGUUGCCAUGUACUCCGAUGCUCUAUUCCAGCCAAGCUCACACAAAUUCUCAGAUGAACAAGUUUCUUGAAACCAUGGCUGAUUGGUAUAAAUACGCGGAUAAUCGCAAGAAAGUUGUUGGGUUUUGUGCUUAUGUGAUUCGCAGCUCUUUGGCUAAGUUAUAUGCUGCCAGGUAUAAGCUCAAAUCUCGUGCCAAGGUAUACAGGAUAGCUUCCCGUAGUCUAUCUCAUCCUUUGAGAGGUAAAGGAACAAAUGUGGCAUCUGAAUACUCAGAUGCAUUGAAGCUAGGUCUUGUAGAUGCCAUUGAAGGUGUGCAGUUUUCUCAUAUGUCGUUAAUUCCAAGUUGUGAUUAUACACCAUUUCCUCGUGUUUGGAUCCCUGAGCAUGAACAGAUGCUGCUUGAAUACAUCAAACUACAAGAUCCAAAAUUCUUUUGUGAACUACUUAAAUCAAUCAAAACACAAGGUUUAAGUUUACCACAAAAUGAAGCAUCUGAGAUUUUGUGGGACUUUAAGACUUUUGGUGUACACUGGUUGAAAUUUGAAUCAGAAAAACACCCUUGUGGCUGAGACGGUUUAACAGCAAUUUUAGAUUACAUAACAGCUAGAAUAGUACAAUUCUAGACUCAAACCAGUACAUCUCAGUGUACUUAAUGAAGGGGAAGUGGCACAUUAGCGGAUUGCAUAUGUUGCCAAGUUAGUAUGAACCUGCUGAAUAAGGUAUUUCCGGUGAUGGAGCUAUAAAGUCACACAUUGUCAUUGUAUGCAAUUGUGAUGACUUGGUGGCUAUGAGAGAUAUUAUUAGACAAACUGAUGAAGCAUGCCUUAAAUGGUUCCGUCUUGCACCUUAUGUAUUGCAACAGCUUUUCUCUGGAUUGAAGACAAAGGCUCCUUUUAAGGCGAGGGCUUCCAUGUGGAUUAUAAUCAUUUGUGAGGAUUAACACUUAUGAUAUGCUCUAAAGGGACGAUGAAUGUCAUUGACGGGCACUCCUGCCGUUCUCUAUACCACGAACUUGAUGCCAUUAGCAAGUGGUGGUGGAGAGUAAUCCUUUUUCGGCGCUGGUAUUCUGCAACUUGUUUCAACCAUCGUGUUUCCGGUUAAACUACACGCAACAAGAGAAUUUCUCGAGCUAAUGCAAGUUAAUCGUUUUACUGCCUUCGAUUGUUUCUUUACCUUGGGAAUUUAGCGUUGAAACAAAUAUAGUUUGUGUUGCAUACCUUGCCUUAGCAAGACGAUCUUGAUGGAUUUUUCCGUUAAAAAUCUCUGUAAAUUAACGCACCACAUGCCUAUAGGCAAAAGACUAGUUCGUAGCUACAACGAUGCAAUUUUUGCAUUUAUUCGUGUAACGGAUGUUCAAUUUUUGCUACAACGAGGCUUGACAGAUUGCAUUUUUUAGCCUAAAACCUGCUUAGUAUGUACUAAUUGAAUCAUAUUGACUACAAUUAAGCCAUCUCUGAUUGUAUUGGUUAUAUGAUUGCUCCAAGGGACAGUCUGGUUUUGACAUGAGGAAAUUUUGGUAAAUGAACAAGCUGGGCCC